UUUUUUGACUUUCAUUUACUGUUGGAUACUUGUGGAUAACAAUGAAACUGUUCACAUCAAUAACAGCUAUAAUUGCCGCAGCAUCGGCCGGCCAAAUCCACCAAUCGGAGCAAUAUAGCCCUGAUGUCUACCAACCACAAGCUGAGCUGCAACAGCAAGCAAUUUAUAUUGACUCACUCACCCAAUCACAAUUCGGCCACGGCUACCAGAGACCGUCAGCAGAAAAAACAGCAAGAAUUCUAAAUUAUCAUUCCGAUAACAAUGGACACGCAUAUCAAUAUUCUUAUGAAACUGAAAAUGGUAUAAGGGCUCAAGAAGUCGGUCAAGUGAACAAGGGCACGCAGGCGGAGGGAGCAUAUUCGUACACUGGUGAUGAUGGACAAACAUACACCGUAACGUACACUGCUGAUGAGAAUGGCUUCAGAGCUUAUGGAAGUCAUCUGCCAACACCACCUCCCAUCCCCGAAGCCAUCUUAAAGUCAUUGCAACAGAAUGCGAUAGAAGAAGCUAAUGGUAUUGUAGAUGAUGGUCAUUAUCAUCAGCAACCGAAUUACAGCAUCGAUUUUAGCUCACACGCCGAACAAAACUCGCACGAUCAGCAAGGCUCACACGCUGGCCAAGAAUCGCAGGGGCAGCAAGGCUUGCACGCGGAGGCUGUGCAGGUUAAUGAUAUCGGCUACCAACAUUAAAUUUAACUGUUAUUUGUUAUGUUCAAUAAACGUUCCUAUUAUGUUGAUAA